AAGCCAAGGGCAUAUUCCAUAGAACACAAGUCAUGAUUAAGAGAGCAUUCGAGAUAAAACGACGUCGUUUUAUGAGUUUCCUUGUACCGACCAACCUCUCCUUGGCAGUAUCAAUCUCCCGUUCAUAAAACCAGAGAGAAAACAGUGUAUUGAAGUCCUCAUCGAUCGAUGAGUCGAGGCAAAUCCUACACUUUUUCUGAAGGGCCCAAGAGGGAAAAGGCAGUUCUCAACAGAGGCAGCUUCACUUUCAGCAGAAGCCGCUUCUUCCAUCACUGUUACUCAACCAACGAAUUGCAAUUUGGAAUAGAGGAAAUUGUUAGCAAUUGUUAGUGAUAUGGGUGGCUAUUAAAUCUGUUCUGCAGUUUGUUGCCUCUAUGUUGAGGCAGGCGCAUUGAAAGGCAGACUAAGGAGCUGAGGGUAUCAACUUGCUAAAGUAUCAGUAGGAUACAUGGAUCAGAGGCUCUCCACAGAUGGAAAGGAAUAUCAAAAUGGUGAUUAUAUCCUUCUUAAAGAUGAUGAAAACCCCAAUUUGGGAGUCUACGACAAACCCCUUCCUUGCUUUGGCUGUGGAAUAGGAUGGUUUUCUCUUCUGCUUGGAUUUGCUUUCCCAUUGAUGUGGUACUAUGCUACAAUUCUCUAUUUCUGUAACUACUAUCAAAAGGAUCCUAGGGAACGAGCAGGACUUGCUGCCUCUGCAAUUGCUGCUUUGAUAUGUACAAUUGCCAUGGUGAUUACAGUAGCUGUUAUGAUAUUCUAGUUGAUCACUACAAUUCCAUCUUGGUUCCUGCCAUUUGUAUGGAGCUGCUUCAGAUAAAGUCCGAACAAGUGAUGUGUAUGAUAAAGCCCUCCAUACGGUAAUCUUAGCAAAGCACCAAUGCAGAAAAACGGUGUUGCCCAAGGUUUAGCAGUCUGAAACUUAUACGAUAUUUAGGUAUCUCUUUAGCUUUGUGCAUAAUACGAACUGUGUAUAUUACUCUACCCAACUGUUUGAUACCAUUUAUUGGGAUGUUUAUGAGCUAGGGACUAGUAAAUGAAAAUUGUAAAGAAUAAGAACUUGCUUUGUUUAGUACUGAAAUGGCUGGAACUGUCUCUCAUUGUCUGAGAUUAUCUUGGUAGAAAAGCCAUUCCUAAUGGGUGAUGAUUUUGUGGUCUUUUUGAACUGAAAUGAUUGAUGGGUAUGGGGUGAAUUUUAAUGAA